UGAAAAAACCGCUUUACUAGAGCUGAGCUGAUUUUAAUGCCACCUUAAAGCUCGAGCUGUUAAUAUAUUACUCUAACCUUGAACAGUGUUUUCCCAUGUAAUAACUUGAAUGUAUUUUGUUUCAAAGCUUUACCCUGAACCAUGAAUUUAAACUUCUCAUUGCUAUCCUGAUUAUAGCUGAUUUUCCCAAUCAUCCUUUCAAAGUCAUCUGCAAAUUUUAUUUAUUUAUCAAUCAAUAACCAGUAACCAACAGUUUUAAAAGCUAUCAACUAUACAUUGUUUCGCCUUUCAUUUCUUCAAUCUUUGUGAAUCAAUCGACUAAUCAACCCAAAAUGUCUGUCUUUGAAUGUGUCCAAAGUGCCCAACCGGUGGAGAUCUUUAUUUUAGCACAAAAAUUUGUCGCUGACACAUCAGCAAAUAAAAUGAAUCUCAGUAUUGGAGCUUACCGGGAUGAAAAUGGUAAACCAUGGGUUUUACCUGUGGUGCGGAAGGUUGAAAGUGAAAUGGCUGCCGAUGAAAAUCUUAACCAUGAAUACCUUGACAUGCUUGGUGAUCCAGACUAUUCCAAUGCUGCAACUACCUUGGUACUUGGUAAAGACUCUAUUGCUCUGAAGGAAGGUCGAGCUUUUGGUGUACAAUCUAUUAGUGGUACAGGAGCUUUGAAAAUUGGAGCUGAUUUCUUAAGACGUUGUCUAGGCUAUGAUACUGUUUACAUAUCUGCUCCGUCUUGGCCUAACCAUCAAUUGUUAUUCAAUCAUUCGGGCUAUAGUAAUAUCAAAACUUAUCGUUAUUGGGACGCUAAAAAUCGAUGUCUGGAUUUUAAUGGAAUGAUGGAAGAUUUGUCACAAGCUCCAGCAAAAUCGGUUAUUAUAUUGCACGCUGUAGCACAUAACCCUACUGGAUGUGAUCCUACACCUGAACAAUGGGCAAAAAUUGCCAAUCUAUUGAGGGAAAAGCAACUUUUCGCAUUCUUCGAUUGCGCUUAUCAAGGAUUUGCUUCAGGUGAUUUGGAUACAGAUGCAUACGCAGUUCGAUAUUUUGUCCAACAAGGAUUUGAAUUUAUUUGUGCUCAAUCUUUCGCUAAAAAUUUCGGAUUAUACAAUGAGCGAGCCGGUAAUUUAACAUGUGUUGUCAAGGACCCCAAAGUAAUAACUAACAUGAAAGCCCAAAUCACUUUGAUCGUUCGAGGUAACUACUCAAAUCCACCUGCACAUGGUGCUCGUAUUGUCAAACGAGUUCUCACAGAUCAAAAGCUUUUUGCGGAAUGGCAAGAACAAAUCAAAAUUAUGGCUAAUAGAAUCAUCGAGGUACGAAAAUCUCUACGGGAAAAAUUAGAAGCUCUAAAUACACCAGGUUCUUGGAAUCACAUUACUGAUCAAAUUGGAAUGUUCUCUUAUCUCGGUCUUAACGAGGAUCAAGUUAAAUAUCUUGUUGAACAAUGUCAUAUCUACUUGCCUAAAAGUGCUCGGAUAUCAAUGUGUGGAAUUAACAAAUCAAACAUCGAUUAUAUGGCCAAAUCAAUUCACAGUGCAGUUACUAAGUAACUCCAGUAAAUUAAACUCAUCAAGCCUAAUUUACGUUCAAACCGUUUAAAGACUUUGAUUCUGAUUCUCAUCUAAUUAUGAUCUAACUACACCGUUUGUGUUGGUUGGGCAAUGGUUUUGGUUGCUGGUGCUUUCCAUUUUAAUCUCUAUGUUUCUCAAAAGAUUUAUUUUGUAGUCUUGAAUUGAAUUCUAAUGAGUCCUAUUAAACUAUUAGAAAUAGAGAAUACUCU